GCGAAAAAUGAAUGCGUUAAGCAAGGAGAUGUCUGUCCUUCUGCGCUGCUUUGCCUCAAUCGAAAGGGAUCUUUUGCUUGUGGCUGUGAUCCUGGUUUUAAGGUGGUUGGUUAUGAAGAGGCGAGGACUUGCAAAGGUACCAUUUGCUAUUUUGGGUAUCAAUAAUUUGAUGUUUGGUCCACUCCCCAUUUCUCCGCACCCCGGCAAACAACCCCACCCCCUCCAAUACCUGCCACGAUGGUCGUGAAGUUUGAGCGAACUCUCUGAGAGCGUUAUUGCUCCAUCCUCACUGCAGGUGAGCAGUUGCCAAAGCGUUUUAUGAAUAAUUAUUUCAGCCCUAGACGAGUGUGACAAGCAAGGAGACAGCUGCCCCUCUGGUUUACAAUGCUUAAAACAGGCCAGUGGAUCACACGUCUGUGGCUGUUCUGCUGGUUACAAGGUGAUAGGAGAAGGAGAGUGGAGAUCUUGUCAAGGUAUCAUUGCAAAAGGCUCGUACCCAGUCGCUGUUUAUGUGUAUUUAAGGCGAGAGAAGUAAGAGAAGACUGGGGUUAGGUUAAGGCGCGCAGUGUCAUGGGAAGGGCCUCAUUUUAGCCCCAUUCUUCUCUCUCCCGAAAACACUUAAAUAGCAACUGGAUACGAGUCUGUCAUUGCAAUUCAAAGUAGACAGACUGCAAAUGUAGUAGUUGCUAAAAAAUAUAUCUACGAAGCUUUACACAGACGUAUUGGUGCGUACUGUUACUUGAUUACGAGUUCCUGGAAGUCCAACUUCUUUUUUUUUUAAGUUGUGGCGUUUGUUUGGGACUCAUGAGCACUGACACCUAUUUCAGAUUGUGUUGAGUUGGUUUUGCAAUCCUCAGUGUUCUGGCCAUAGUCUGUUCUUUGGAGAUUUUUUUGUUUUUUUGUUUUUUGCAUUUUACGUUGAAAUGUCUUGAAACAUUCACAAUUUCUCACGUAAACGCUGCACUAUUAUUCAACAAAACUCUACGAUUUCUGAAAACGCUAUUGCCUAUAAAUCAGUUAGGUGAAGUCUUUUAAUUCACUUUACCUCAUUUAACCUUUCUAAACUGACGGUUUACCGUGUAUAUCAGGCCAUUUCCGAGUUACCCAAAGCCUCUGUGUCAAAGCGAGGCUUAGUGCGAAGCCAUUGAUAUAAAAAUGACUUUGAAUCUCUUGCAAAUAAAACUCAUUUUCACAAGAAAGUUUUAACCUCGUUUUGAUAGUGAGAAUUUUUGGAACUCUGAAAUGGCCCGUUAAACGAUAUUUAUGUAUGUUGACCAUGUUUGUAUCCACUGACCUCGUCCCAGGGCCUCUCUUUCUUCUUGGGAAUACAGCAUAUUUGACACAAAGAGUGAGGAUUUGAGAAAACAAUAAUAAUAAAAAAAUUUAACCUUACCGGGGCAGCUGAUAGUUGUGGCACUUAAUGGUAAUCAAAAGAAUCUUUUUCAGUCAUGGAUGAGUGCGACAAGCGAGGGAAUAGUUGUCCUUCGAGAUUAAAAUGCAUAACACGAGACAAUAUAACUCACGACUGUGGCUGCGAGAAAGCUGACAACGUGGUUAAAGGAGAAGGAAAGAAAAGAUUUUGCAAAGGUAAGAUAAUGUUCAUUUUUUCAGGCCCCGGUUGUUGGAAAUGUGGAUACUGCAAUCCACUGGAUAAAUACUAUCCAAAGGAUAACGCAAUCGGUUUUCGUAAUACCUGUCCACUGGAUAGUGUUACCCAACUUUUGAACAACCGGGGACUGAAUAGACUCUACGGGCUAGUUAUUUACACGUUUUAGUCAGUUUAGCCAGUGUUUAAGACAAAACCCUGUUCUAAGCCAUUUUCAGUUUGUCGAACACUUUUAUGUAAACACCGGUUAUUGUGAACAGUUACAUGAAAGCAUAUAGCGUAGAUAAGAAAAACAAUUAUCUUCUUAAAAUAACCCACUGAGGAAGGGAUCUGCAGGUCUAAAGAUUUCCUAAACCGCAGUCUAAGUUAGAUUUUGUUUAAAUAACCGGCCCUAGUUAACGUUUUUGACCUAAGUUUCUUGGAAAAAUAAAAAAAAUUUAAAAAAAAGGUUUCGAAGAAGAUCGAUUUAUUAGAAUUUUUUUUGGACUGCUCCUUCUCUCAUAUUGCAUAUAUCCUGCCGUUCACCAAAUGAGCUUGGGUUGCCUGUGAUAAUUUAACGAAGACUUCUAGAUUGAUUAUUCAUUUCUCGACCCUCUCUGUUUCAGAAAUGGAUGAGUGCGACAAGAUAGGGAAGUCUUGUCCCUCUAAUCUCAAAUGUCUUAAGAAAAAUGGAUCUUUUACUUGUGGCUGCGAGAACACUGGCUUUAUUGUGAAAGGAAGUGGAGAGAGAAGGACAUGUCAAGGUACAAAAUCACUGUUAGAGAGAUUAAGAGUCACGUUUAUGGCAAACGGCAAACGUGAGAUUGAAGUUGAGAAUUUCUCACAACAGAAAAUAAGCGGAUCAUGAAACUGUCCAGGACAAUUCUUAUGGAUAAAACUGGCCUGAAACAACUUAUUUUUGAGUAGAAGUAAUAAACAGUAAACGACAAUGAAGGGGAAAACUUUGUCACUUAGUACAAAUUCAUGUCUGCCGUUUGGCGUAAACAUGAAUCUUUAUCUCUCUAUUAUGUAAGAUUCUCUGUAAAGAGAUACCGCAAGAGGAGCAAGGGUGGCCCAGUGGUGAGAGCGCUCGCCUCCCACCAAUGUGGCCCGGGUUCAAAUCCCGGCGUCGACGCCAUAUGUGGGUUGAGUUUGUUGUUGGUUCUCUCCUUUGCUCCGAGAGGUUUUUCUCCUGGUACUCCGGUUUUCUUCUCUCCUCAAAAACUAACAUUUUCAAAUUCCAUUUCGACCAGGAAUUGUGGACGACGGAACCACUAUGUGGUUGUGUAACCUCUAAAUCGUUAUUAAUUAUGAUUAUAAUUAUGAUUAUUAUUAUUGUUGCAUAAUUGGAGUUCAUUAGAGUGAUAUGUUCGUUUAUAGCUGUUUUGAAAACGCACCAGCCCUCCCCGCCCACUCCCUGAUGUUCAAACCUUUCACUGAGUCAAUGUUUAUAACGUAAAUAUGAACUACACCCGAGAUAUGGUUGUAUCUGUAAUAUUUCAGCAAAGGACGAGUGCGCAGAGUAUGGGGAAAUUUGUCCUUCUGAUGCACAGUGCAAGAAGCAAACCAAUGGAUUUUACACUUGUGUUUGUGGGCCUGGUUAUAACAUUUCAGCAGAGGAAUGGAAGAAGACUUGUGAAGGUACUAACGUCGAGGCUCGUUUCAAAUAUACCCGGUGUGCCAGAAUAAGUCUUUCAUCGCCCUGUUCGUGGUCACUAGUACAUGGACCUUUAUCGACUUAAUAUGGAAUCAGCACUGGCUCUUACAAGUUAUGAUCAUAUGCUGUAUUUGAAUACGUGGCUUUGAUUUCUAUCAUGACCGUAUGACAAAGUAUUUUGAAAUAUUUAGAACAUUACUUUCUUUAAUUAACUAUUUUGAUUUCUUCUACUUUAAUCCUUUAUGAACUCGUAAAGGAACUGAAAAAUAACAUCUGCCUUUCUGAUGAACUGAGGAAACCUUUUUGACGAAAUGAUGGGGGAAGGAAAGGAUUCUUACGGGUAUUUCUUUCUCUGUUUCUUUUCUUUCUUUUUUUUUUUUUCAUUUUUCCAUCCACUUGAAGACGAGGUUAAAAAGCUUGAAAUUUGUUUCUUGAAACCCGUUUAACUCAUAGUCUUUGCUGCACCAGAACAGAAAGCGGCUGACACCAUAUUUUGCCUCAGAUGUAGAUGAAUGCAAACAAGUAAAUCAUCAAUGCAAAGGAAGUGGUCAGAAAUGUGUCAACAAACAAGGCUCGUACGAAUGCCAGUGUGAAGAAGGAUAUCUAAAGAGUGGUGCCAAUAACUGCAAGUUAGGUAGGAUUGAAUAUAGAUGAAAGCUUAAUAACGGACUUAACAUGAAGCAUAAGAUCUAACAAACAGAGAAUUAGAAUUUGCGUUAUUGUCAGUGGUGUGACAUCAGUUACAUGACUGUAUAAGGCGUUAAUAGAAGACCAUAAAUAGGCAGGUAAAAUACUUGGCGGUACAGCAAGAAACCGAUGAAUCCUUUCCCAGGUGGAUUCAUCGGUUCAUUUGACGUACUAUGAUCACCGAUCCCGAUCCAGAUUAUCCGAAUGGAACGUAGCACGGCCAAAUGUCAUUUAUUUUUCAUUACAGAUAUAUGUCACAUUGUCAGAUGCAAAGAACACGAAGUAUGUCAUGAAGGAAAAUGCAGAUGCAAAAAAGGCUUCAAAAAAACUAAGGCAACCAAAGGAAAGUGUGUGAACGGUAAGCUCUGAUCCUUUCGUAAAUCCUGAAUAGCAAAAAAAAUUUAUAAUGAAGCUCUUCGUGUAUGCACCUACCUUGCAACUGCUUAUCAAAAUGAGCAAGUGGCAAUCUGUGUAUAAUAAGAAUUAGGCGAUAAGUGCGCGGAGUUUACAGUGUUUUGAUUCAGUAAAAACCAUUUCUUCUGACCUUUCUAAGGGCUGAUUUUCAGUGUCGCGUAAUUUUUACGUGCGCAAAAUUUACGUUCGCAAAUAAAAUAGAGGCAAUGCAUGAAAGGUCACUCGUAAGCGUAAAAUUUGAACCUCGCUCGAUUUCUCGUUUACGCUCAGUACUUUAUAUCUUGCCUCUAUUUUAUUUACGUGAUUAAAAUUCACGUGAGGUAACGUGCGUAGCCAAAAACGCUUCAGUGGAAAUCAACCUUAACUCACUCGCUAUUGGUGGUGAAACUUGUGCGGCAUAUCUAUGAUCCGGGUUUAUAGUGAAUCUUAUCAUGAUCAACUCUCGUUGUUGAAAGAAUUAAGGAAAUCUGACGUAUGUGAGUCGACUGAUCUAUACUCCCAGCCUAAUAACCAGUAAAGAAAAUGUAAGCUAUGAUUCCUUCUCAUAGUAAAUAUUUUAGACUAACGCAUACCCGUCUGAUAGUAAAGUAAUGAAAAGAGUUAAGGUGGACAAAACUUACUACACAAAUCUUAUGAUGUUUUUCUCUCUUUAUUAUAUUAUAUUUUAUUAUUUUAUUUCAGUUCUUGCAUUAUCCGCAGCUGUGUCCCCUCAUUCCACUCCUGGCGCCAUUUAUUUGGGAACUUUCAUCAUUGGAUACUUAGGGAUACAUUCGAUACUCGACAUUUCUACCGCUCAGCUGUAAAGUAACUCAGAAAUUUUGGAUUCUUGUUUCCAAUAAAGCGAUCUGUACAAAGCACUUUCCAUGUGGUAUUGUUGCGCAUACUGAGGCACUCAUCAUUCUACCGGCCUUUUGAUUUAAAUAUUUUCAAACUGCUUAAAUAUGAAACUUGCCGUCUACUCAUUGUAAAAUGACAAAGAAAACGACGUAACUAUUACAGUGGCGUAUUUGAGGCGUUUUCAGAUCUUCUAUUUAGUUGGGUGUGGAGAGCUAGCUCAUCCAGACCCUAACAGAAAAGGGGGGCCUGGCCUCGAAAAUAAUAGUAAUCUAUUCCCAGUGGACGUUCGCAUAACAAAGGCCUGGGACUCAAGAGAUGAGUUACGGGACAUGCGAGUCCGCAGGCGAGAAGGCGAUAGGACUAGACCAAGAUGAGAGAAAAAAUCGGGGGGGAGUGAGGGUCAAACAGACGAACCCCAAAGCAAAACGGGUGUAGACCCCCACCCCACAAGGGGCUUUGACGGGCGCAUGAAUCCAAUCCUUCCGCCCUUGCAGCCAAACUGGACAAAUUUGCUUACACACGUGUUUAUUUAUAUAGAGAAAGCCACUCCCGAGGGAGAAACGCACACACACUCCUGAAAUAGAUCUCUCGCUGCUAAUUCGUCAGAAUUAAGGCCAGUGUUGCGCGAGCGAGCACUGGGAAUAGCUUUUCUAUGCCCUGUGGGCGUCAACAACUCGUUUUUUAUUCUUUAUUUCUUUAUUUUCUUUAAUUUGUUUUCCAUUUCUGUGUGCUUACUUAACUCGCCAAUACAUUCACUGCAGUUGCGCGCUCGUUCACAGAUCUUACUGGCGUCCCAUUAACCAUGGGAGAUUUGAUAACGAAAUUAGCUGCCCCAUUCUUUUCGCUUUUACUUACUUGUUCAUAAUGAUGUUGGUCAAAUUAAAACAAUUACCAGGAAUAAGUGGUACCUGGAGAUACCUUAUUUACGAAUAAUACCUGCUUACGUGUCUAUAAGUACGCCGGUACAGGGCUUGCAAAGACUGCAAAAUCUUUUUCUCUAUCACCUGUCUCAGUACGUUCGCUUGCGCGCAUGGACAAAAUUAAGAGCGCUGGAAUCUUUGGACCUACGUCAUCAAAGAUAAUUGUUUUCGAUUGUCAAUUAGUUAUAACGAGUUCGAACAGUUUCUGUUUUCUGUUUUGAAAAACAUGGUCAACCCCAUUGGUUUCUAGCUAUUAACUCUGAAAACAUGCUCCAAGCAUGUUACGGAAAUACAUGGACUAGUUUUGAUCGACAGGGAGGUAGAAGACGCGGAAACACUUUCAAGAGGGCUGUUGAAGUACUCUUCAAAAAUGGGAACUGACAUUAAACACAUCAUUCUUCUCUUGGGUAUUUGUUUCGUAAGUGUUGCGCCGACAAGAAGUAUGAAGUACUUUCAACUCCAAUAUCGUAAGUCUUUUGAAGCUGUAUAACGUAACAAAAAAAGAUUUUUAAUUGGAAAGCUUAUUUCAGGCCCAGAACUGAAAAAUGACCGCGGUAACACAAAAUAGUUUGAAUUCCGAAUUUUUUUUUGUUUUUCUUUCUUUUCGUUCUCUUUUCUUUUGUUUUUUAUUUGUUGUUUAUUUGUUUGCUUGCUUGUUUGUUUGUUUGUUUCUACAUUAAACCGAUUCAUAAAGAAUAUAUUAUUCUGGAGAAAAUCGGUCUGAAUAUCUUUGAUUCACUACGUCAAUGAGGAGCGAAUCUAAAUCUUUUGAAUUAUAGUAUGGUUUAGGUCCCGUAAUUUAAUGUAAAAGCACCUUAUGAAAUGUCCACAACACCAAAAAUGAUAGCCAUUUUUGUAAGGAUUACAACCACAAGCUAUCCUGCGAUACCUAUAUAACUCAAAUAUUGGAGUGUCUUCCCGCCCUCGUGCCACCCCCACCAUAUCUUUAUAAACUGACGAGAGGGUAAAGUAAAUAACCAACAAAGUGAGCGACAAUGUGAGUCUCUUGUUCAAAAAUUCCAGCCACACAAGUCUUACACACUUGACAUAUUUUUAUCUUUUAUUACUAACAGCUGAACCAGGUCGCUGUUCUGACGACUGGCCCUGUCCAGGAAAUAACCCAUGUAUCAGAAACGAAUGUCACUGUCCAAAACCUAACACAAUCGGUAAUGGACAAACAUUUUGUACUGUGCCAGGUAAGGAAAGGGAGCCACAGCGAGACCCGGAAAUAAUUCAUGUAUUAGGAACGAAUGCCACUGUAUGAAACCUAACACUAUCGGUAAUGGAAAUACAUGGUGUACUGUUCCAGGUUAGGAAGGCGAACCAAAGGGAAGCUAAUUUACAAAAUGUUUCAUAAGAGAAAAGGAUAGCACUUCAAGAAAACCAGGAGAGGAAGUAUUUUAUCGUGAAAGUGAAAACUGACACUGAAAGAUUAAAAGCUGGCCGUGUUUUUCCCCACCUUUUUCCACACCCAUUUGCACCAUGCUUUCAUCACGUACUGUUGUGUCUCGAUCUUUGCAUUCUGUUUGGGACACAUUAAAUUUAGUCAAGGCCACCUGACCAUGAAUCAACCAUCGGGAAUCCCUGUUUAGUUGAGUGAAAGUCUAAGAAUAUAUAGGCAUUUAUCUAAAUUAUAGAAUUCUCAAUAUGGGCACAAGAAGAAUAAACCUUUCUGUUCACUUGACAGAUCAUCCUGGCGGUCAGUGGAGUCCUGGAUGUGACAAACCUGACGGCAAAUGUGGGCAUUACACCAAGAAGAAGUGCGACUGCGGACACUAUAAGAACUCUUACUGUAUUACUCAAGGGAUAGUAUCUCAAAUACCAGGAGUUUUGGAAUACACCUGCAAGUGCAAAGAAGGAUUUUUCGGAAGACCAAAUGGCGCUCACUAUAAACAUUGUCUAAGCCCAAAAGGUAAAUUAAGCUGAAGGGACCGGCGAUUUAACGUCGUUCCCAGGUCUUCACUAGCACCAGACAGGGAAAUUCUAUUGGAACGAGUUUGCCUUUGAAGCUGAAAAAAACGAAAGCGACCUAGCGCUUCCUCUAGUUAAACAUGGCAUAAAUUUGGAGAUCAUAUCUUGUUAGUUUGUGCCAAUUAGUGAUAUAUUGCUAAUUUAGGGCCUGUUUACAUGGAGGCGGGGGACCCCAGGUAGGUGAGGUAACGCGCAUAGGUGGGGUAGCCCGCCUUUCCAUACAAUCUCUCAUUUUAAUUUGAUCACAUUUACAUAUUAGGUGGGGUGACCCGCCACACACACACCUACCUGGGGUCCCUCACCUCCAUGUAAACAGACCCUUAGAAGGAGAGUUAUUAAUAAGUCAUCGAUAAAAAUAACAAGUUUGUCAAUGAACACUUACAAAUUGGGUUAAGCGCUAAACUAUUUGAAUAAAACCUUUCAGCCAAUUUGAGUUGCAUCUAGAUAAAAUUACGCAGCCGUGUUGAAAGGAAUAAAAAAAAUUCGCUAACGUCAACGGAUGCGAAGAAGUCCAACAUUUUUAAAGAUACAUGAAACAAAAUGGAGCGAACACGUUACUUAUUUAGGUUUCACCGCAAUAUUUUAUAUAUAGAAGCACGAUUGAACGUAAUUGUCUGAAAUGACUUUGAAGCGUUGUUUUCUUUCAAACAGUCGAUAAAGAUGGGCGUGUACCCUGUAUAACCGAUCGUAACUGCCAUAAACAAGCCACCUGUAAAGACUUCAAAUGUUACUGUAAGAAAGGUUACAAAGGAAAUGGCCACAAGUGUAUCGGUAAGAUUUGAACCGUUCCUCAGCUAAAGGAGCACAUUCCAAAGUUUGGAAUAUGUUGGUCACUAGAUGUUGUGUAAUUGGUCGUCACAGUAUCUUUAUCUUGUAUCCAGCUUUUCUGAUCUUUUCAACUUGCAAUGUCAACUGCUGAGAUGACGCCCAAAGUUACAUGAAGACGAAUAGAACGGACUAAACUUAAUUAAUUUAAAAUCCAACUAGUGGUCUCUUAUCAAUGCUGCGUUCUGAUUGGUUGAGCUACUUCUAGGCUAUACGUUAUAGCCCAGGUAGCGAAAAAUGCGGGCUUUUUGGCGGCAAAAAAGGAUUAAAGUCUAGCUUUAACUAGAUAAAAAUUUUUUAUUCUCGAUAUUUUUGACCAACUAGUUGAAUUUUACUAAAACAAUUAUUCCUCUCGCCCUCAUGGCCUCUGAGUCAAUAGCCCUUGAGGCUAAAUAAACGGCGAAAAUGGGGGGCAUGUUUAAGUCUCUCAAGCUUAGGUUCAGGCCUUCUUAGGCUUUGAAAUGUAUAAAUUAGAGGUAGACCUGUGAUAUCAAGUUCCUAGCUGCAUGGUAAAAAAUGGUGGGUGCUAACCUUUGGGGUUAAACCAAAUCUGAAUCAAUCUGCUCAACCCCCAAAAAGAUAAAUAAAACAAUCCGGUAAAAAGAGAGGCAAUAAUUCACUUCAGUAACUACAACUUCCCGGCAGACGGAGUCAUGUUCUUAAUAUGACUAACGAACUAAUUACAACUAAAUUUUAUUUCAGCUCUGAAUGAGUGCGUUAAGCAAGGAGAUUUUUGUCCCCGUCUCUCAGAAUGCAAAAAGCAGGAAAACAGCUCUUUUGCCUGCGUUUGCAAAAGUGGCUUUAGAAUGACUGGAAACAAAAGCCUAGCCUGCAUAGGUAAGUAUCACAAAUUUUCUUCGUUUUCCUUCCGUAACGAAGCCUUUAGUCGCAAUGGAUGUAGUACAUCCCCAGGAUUAAAUUACAAGGCAAAUAAUACGUUUUUGAAUAGUCUUACAAAGAACUUCUUUGAAUUUCAAGUUUUGAAUUUACGUCAGUUAAAAGUUAUGGAAAGGGCUAGGCUCACAGUUUGCUCGUGAAUGUACUUAAAUUUUUCUGAAUUUUGGCGGGUCCGUUGUGCUAGUAUAGUGGGAAGGGAGAGAGAUUAUAGGAUAUGAAAAGUGCGGGUUCAACCCUGGGUUGCGAUUUUCAUUCUUUUUAAUAGAAAAUAGAAGCGACCGUUUACGAAAGGGACGCUGGCUGCGUCGACGAACAACCCAACCUCGUUUCCAGGAUCUCUCUUCCUACCAUUGCCAAGAGGGAUUGGGAAGAAGAGGAACCUGGGACCGAGGUUGAAGACAGCGUUCAUGGUUAAAAAUGCUUUCCAUUUUUGUUUUAGUUCUGUACGGCUCAUUAUAAACUUGUUUGACACGAACCAGAUGAGUUCUUACCAGAGUAUGAGUUUUGUUUUGUUUUGAUUGUUUGCUUGUUUGUUUGUUUGUUUUUUUGAGGGGGAGGGGAAGGACUUAUACAUUUUAAUAUUAAGGUGCAAUAUACAAAGACCUUGUAUUUCAUCUAGAUAAAAGCUGUCAGGAUACUUAUUUAUAAUCUACAGAUAUCGACGAAUGUUCGGAAAUGAAACCUUGCUUUGCAAAGUGUAACAACACUGUGGGAAGCCAUCAAUGCAUUUGCGAAAACGGCAAACCAACGAACGAGAGUGGCUUCUGUGGUAAGGCCUUGAACACUAUUUGUUCCCUUCUGAUCAGAAUCCAGCGACUAGUGCAACACAUCUUCACAGUCAGAAAUAUAGAUGAUGCUAAUUUAUGACAAAUCCUACUAACAGUAAAACCCUCAGAUUCAUGACCUUCUUAAAUGGGAUCUGAUACCGCUAAAAUUAAAAGGAAUUAGCAAACAGCUACAAAUGAGUGUAAAUUAAACUGAUAACUGAGAUUCGAGCACCCAACCUUAUGCAGUCCUUCUGCUAUUACUCGAAUUACAGCUAGAACUUUGCAGUGUCAUCAUUUACCCAAGCAUGUGCAGUUGCACCUUAUUUCGCCCUAUUCUAAAUCCCAAUGCAUUCAUACUUUAUAAUCACUCUUCCCUUGAGCUUUCCCUUAAAAAAUGAGAGGGGCAUUUUUCAUUUCCCUACCCACCAAUUUUUUAAGGGAAAAAACUUGAGGACGAGGUAUAUCUAUAAUUAGCCACUUUACUGCUUAGAAAUGUUCUCCUUAGUACUAAACUGCUUUCCUUCAAUAGAACUUUGCUUAUUCUUGGACAAAAAGCUUGAUAUCAUUUUGAUACAUCCCCAUCCCACCCUCUAUAAGUCAAGCUGCUCGAUAAUCAUCCCCUUUAUCCUGGUGCAGCCGUACCUAUAAACAAUGUAUAUGAUAUAUAACCUCAUGCCGACUUUUUGCAGACUGUAAAUGCAAGGAAUACGGGAAUGGAGACUGUCCAAAAGGAAGCUCAAAAUGUUCUUGUAAUGAUGGAUAUAAAUACUCUGAAGAGGAAGACAAAUGUGUUGGUACGUGUAUGAUGCCUUGUAUUAUGAUUAGAAAAAAUACUGAGAUCCGUGACUUAAAACAUAUUGUACCUCUGGGAUAUUCUUCAGGGUUUCUUCUGGUAAUUAUAAUUUCUUAAAACAGUUUUACUUUUUUCCCCUUUUUUCUUGCUCCUUAAAAACAGUGUUUUAAAAUCCUGGCCCUGGUUGUUCAAAAGUUGGAUAGCGCUGUCCACCGGAUAAAUCACUAUCCAGCUGAUACUUGUUGGGAUAACCAAUUAUUAAGUUAUCCGCUGGAUAGCGAUUUAUCCAUUGGAUUAUAGCGUUAUCCAAUGCAACUUCUGAACAACUUGGACCUGUUUUUUAGGUUUGUGAUAGAUGAGGAACUGCAUUGAGAGCGUGGAGGUCCUACCAAUAAAUCAUUAUUUGUAUAUUUAUUUAGUUAGUUUGUUAGUUAGCUACUGUUUAGUAAGUUAGUUAAUGUUUUUUUUAAUAUUUAUUUAUCGAAGACAUAUCAAAAUUUUUCAAAGGACCGCUUAUCUACCUAACGAAAUCUAGCUUUUACUGUUGACAGAUAUAAACGAAUGCGAAAAAAAAAAGAACCCUUGUGCGGGAGCUGGUAAACAAUGCAUCAACCGAGCAGGAUCAUAUGAAUGCCAAUGCAAAAAAGGAUUCGUAAAGAAUGGAAAUGACUGUGAUGGUGGGUGGUUUUAAAUGUUAGUAAGCAACUAAGGUACCGCUUUAUGUUAGGUAAUCCAGAUUCUGGAAUCCGGGAAAUUUUCCUUGUGCGUUUCCCGCGAAAUAACGUCUGAGGAACAAGCGCGGGCAGAAAUUCCAUACUGUUGACGCGUCAGUAUACCCAGAUCUGGGUAGUACGUUUGAUUGGCUAGUCCAACAAUUUGCUUCAACUAAUCAGUAGUGGCACGUCAUCAGGCUUUCCACAAGUUUCCCGAGAUUUCUCAAAAAGUUGCUCAAAAGUUGCUAAAAUAAAGUCAAAAGUUGCACGAGAAGCUGCACCAGAAGUCGCCAAGCAAGAAAAUUUUGGAAAGCCCUAAACGACCCCCAUGUAACUAGAAAGUAGACUUGCUACAAGUCAGCCUCUCAUAAGUUCUUGAAAUAGGUGGAGCGAUCUGUAACUGGAUGUUAAUCUUGAGCCGUGGCAUUCUUACACAAAAAUGUUGUUCUUGUUAACGUUAGGUUUUUUGUUUUUCAAAUACAUAUAGACGACUAGUGACUGAAGUUUAUUUACAAGCUUUAUUUUUCUAUUUUUCUUCUAACAGCCAUUAUCACAUGUGCGGAUAUAACUUGCAAAGAAAACGAGAUAUGCCACGAAGAAAAACCAAAAGCAAAAUGUAUUAAAGGUAAACCUCUACCAACUAUUUUUCGCGUUGUGAGUAGGAAGCAGCUAGUUCAUUUGUCUUUAAUUUUUAUUGCCUGGAACUACGAUUUAAAUUCACGAUUUAAUUGUUACUGACAGCUACGUUUUCAAAAGUGAGUUCCAGUUUACUUAUUGCUGUUUUGCCUUGUUUUGUUUCAUAGUUCUCGCACUAUCAACUGGAGGGACCCAUUCUUCUUCCUUCAGCAUUUACCUCGGUGUCAUGCUCACGGGAUACCUCGGAGGCCUGGCCCUAGUGGUAUAA